AUGGGAUAAAUGAAUUAUUUUGUGUAGUUGAAAAUCAAGUAAAUGUACUCAAUCGCUAAUAAUUUUGAAAAUUAGAUUUAUUUUUAUAGACAUUAUCACAAUUUUUAUUUUCUAAAUAUAUUUAUAAUUAGUUAUUUGAUUAUCAAAUUUAAUUAAUUACAUCAAUAACUCAAUAUUUCUAUUUAAGUACUUCAUUAAAAUGGUAAAGUAGUGAAAGAUAAUGAUUUAACAUAAAUUAUUUUUGUUGAAUUUUGUUAGCAUUAUAAUAAUUUAUAAUGUAUAAAAUGUCAAUAUCCAUUUGUCUAUAAUUCAAUAAUAUAGAUAUGUGAAAUCAAAUUAGAAUAUUUAAUUCAUUAUGAUAGUCUAUCUAAUUAAGAUUAUAUUUAACCUUUAUUAGAAUUUUGUCGAAUUUAAUAUCUAGAAACAUGCAUAGAAUGUUAUAAUUAUUUUUAAUUGGAUUAUUUAAAUAAUUCCUGUUAACCAAUCUGUGGUGAUAAUCGUCUAAAUGGUAAGGAAGAAUGUGAAGAUAAUAAUUCUUUGUUUUUUGAUGGCUGUUAUAAUUGUAAAUAUUAAUGUCAUGAUUCCUGUAUUAAUUGUAAAUUUGGUAAGUGUUAUUAAUGUAAACAAGACUUAAUUUUAUUGGAUUACAAAUAUUGUUAAACUAAAACAAUUUGUAAUGCUAUUGAAGGAUAUUAUUUAAAUGAAGAAACUAAUACUUGUAUUGAAAAUUGCGGUGAUACUAUAAUUUCAAAAAAUGAAGAUUGCGAUGAUGGUAAUGAUAUUUAAUAUGAUGGUUGUUACUAGUGUAAAUAUCAAUGUUAAAAUUAUUGUUCUGAUUGUGUUAAAGGAAUUUGCAUCAUCAAACCUGUGCCUUGUAGUAUUGGUUUAUAUUUUAACUUUGAAAGUCUUUCAUGUGAAUCUAUAUGUGGGGAUGGUAUUCUAAUUGAACCAUAAGAAGAAUGUGAUGAUGGGAAUCAAAAUUAGGAAGAUGAAUGCAAUAAUAAUUGUUAGUUACAAUGUGAUCCUAAAUGUAGUAUAUGUGAAAAAUUAAAUAAUUGCUUGAUAUGUAAAAAGAAUUAUUAGUUGAUUAAUAAAAAAUGCGAGGAAAAUAAUUAUUUAGAUCAUUAUAUUAUCAAUUGUAAAAUAGUUAUUGAUAAUUAAUGUUUGUAGUGUGAAAAUGGAUUUACUUUAUAAAAUAAUAAUUGUAUUAGUUAUUGUGGUGAUGGCAUCUAAAAUGAAAAAGAAUUAUGUGAUGAUGGAAACAAUAUAAAUGGAGAUGGAUGCGAUAUCAAUUGUAAUCCAUCAUAAGAUAGUUAUUGCAGAAAUUCUGAAUGUACAAUCAUAUAAUCUCCUAGUGCUAAACUUGUUUUUUCUUAUGAAUUUUUUGGUAUAUAAUAUGCAGAAUUAAUUUAUACUCAAAAUAUGA